CGUUUAAGUUAAUAUUUUUGCAAUUUGGUCAUACAACUAUAAAUGCAGUCAAGUACAUAUCACCGCUACUAGCUAACUGUAUCGCUAUCACCGCUAAGCCAAACUCAGUGACUCAAUAUUGAUUUGAUAAGUCAGCAUAGUUGAUGUCAAACAAAAAUUGAUGCAUAUUUAUGUUUGACUUCAUUCUCUCUGCCAUACCUAUUAUUAAUAAUUAAUAUACAAUUCAUCAUCAGUUUUGGACGAAUUAUAUAUAUUAGUCAAAUGCUUACACAUGCAUGCAUCAUAAUAACAAAUCUGUUUACUAUUUCUGCCAAUUCAUUUAUCACUUUUGGAAUUUUUUCAUCGAUCAAAUCCGAUUGCCGAAAUCUAAGGCAAGUCUUGUAUAUGUAUAUAUAUACACACAACAUUAUUGCAUAAUGCAAUGAUAACAAGUCUCCCUCUUGUAGUAGAUUUGCAUUCCUUCAUUUAGAAUCAAAGAUUGAUAGCUGCCAUGAAAAUAAUAUCUCCCAACCCUGCCAUGAAAGACCUCAAGGUCAAAAUCGAAGAAUCAAAACUGGUGUUUCCAUCACAACAAACUCAGAAAAGAUCCUUCUUUUUGUCCGAUGUAGACCACUUCCUCUGUUACAAUAUCCAAACAGCUUACUUCUUCAAAGCCAAUCCAGAUUAUCCACCUGAAUCAAUUGCCCGAAGGCUCAAAAUGGCUGUCGAGAAGGUGCUUGUGCCUUAUGAUUUUAUGGCCGGAAGACUCAAAUGGAACCACCAAUCAGGCCGCCUCGAGAUUGACUGCAAUUCGCAGGGAGCAGGCUUCGUUUUCGCUUCUUCUGAAUUUACCCUUGAAGAAUUGGGUGAUUUGCUCUCUCCCAAUCCUGCAUUUCAACAGCUUGCUGUCGAUAAGUUGCCCGGUUUGGAUGAUGAUAAACAGCCCCUUUGUGUUUUUCAGGUCACAUCAUUCAACUGCGGUGGUUUUGCAUUUGGAAUGUCGAACGAUCACGUCUUGCUUGAUGGAUUAGCUGCCAAAAUGUUCAGAGAAAAUCUGGCGUCGCAGGCAUUUGAUGACGACAGACCACUGCCGUUCGUCCCCAUCAACGAUCGCCGCCUCCUCCCCGUCAGAUUGCCGCCGCACGUCCCACUCCCACAACCCUCGCCGCCCCCGCCGCCGCCCAAUGACCAAAAUAUUGAUAAUGUUGACUUCAAAGUCGUGAAAUUAAGCUCAAGCGACAUAAAUUUGUUGAAGGCAAAGGCGGCAGCUGAUAAUAUUGAAUCGGGAAAGAUCAGCACAUUCAACGUGGUGGCAGCGCUCCUAUGGCGGUGCAGAGCCCUUUCUUCUCCGUGCAUUAAUGAUAAUAAAGAUAGCACCAUCGUCACCGUGUUGGAUGUGAGGUCAAGGGUGAAACCGCCGUUGCCACCGGAAUAUUGUGGGAACGCGGUGGGGGUGGCUUACGCGUCAGCGAAGUGCGAGGACAUCGAGAAGUGGGCGUUCUCGAAGCUAGUGGAAAUGGUGGGGGAAGGGAUAAAUAGGGCUAACGAAGAGUACGGCGUGGAAUCUGGAGGAGUGACGAUAGACUGGUGGGAGAUCAAGAGAAAGGUUCUUUGUGGAGAGGAUGUGCUGCUGACGCCAUGGUCGGGGUUAGGGUUCGAUAGAGUGGUGUUCCCAUGGGGGAAAUCGGUCCACUUUGGGCCGUUGGUCGACCCUUUGCAGAUGUGCUUCGUCAUACUGAAUGGUGAGGCUGAUGAUGAUGGUGUUGGUGUCAACGUCCUCUGUGUGCAACCUGCUCAACUCAUGGACCGGAUCUUAUUUCACUUGCAUCACUUCUUUCAACAUAUGUAAUAUAUAUGUGUGUGUCAGUGUGUGUGGAUGAUGGAUGUGUGUAAAAUAAAUAAUACUAAUAAUGUAUUAAUUAUGUGUUUCACAUAUAUUAAGUCAGCUUAAUUGGAGUAAUUUAAUAAGUAA